GGCUAUUAGUAUAUUAGGGAAUGUCAAUAAGACACUUUCUUUUUUCUUUCAAUGAAUGAAUUUUGGUUCAUAUUGAAUUAAUUAAGGUCGUAAUUCAAAUUUUUUUUGAGAAAGUGAUUUCGAGUUUUUUAAAUUUGUGAAUUACCUACCAUAAAAAUUCUCAACUAUUUUAAUUCUAAAUAAAUCGUACUUAAUACAGGAGCAAAAUGACUGCACCUUUGAAUAAUCUGCUUUAUUUUUUCGACCGCCCAGCUCAGCCAAUUUUUCGGCCGAGAGGAGGAGAUUCAAACACCAUUUUUGAUGUUCCGGCCAAUUAUUACAUCGAUCGUUAUAAGCCAAUCGCAUCUCAACUCCAAACACGUGGUCCAAACACCAAUAUUAUUCCAGUAAAAGAAAUCACCGUCCCUGAUAUUUCAGUAGCAGCAUCAUUGGAUAAACGAGCCCUUUUUUCAGUUUUUAAUCCAUUUCAUAGAGAAGCCGCCAAUAACCUCAUCAAUGUUUUAAUGAACAUCGGAUCCCUGGAAGAUUUUCAAUCUGCUUUGGUUUACAUACAACCAAGAGUAAAUCCUUACUUAUUCAUAUACUGUUUGUCGGUAGCGGUGAUACACCGCAAUGAUACGAGAAACUUCAGACUGCCAUCUCAUGCUUGCUCUUUUCCUGAACUUUACGUCGACGGUGCUGUGCUUGCAGAAGUUCGAGCAUCAGGAACACUCGUAUCUAACGGCUCUAGAACUGCUAUCGAAAUUCCAAGAGAUUUCACUGCCUCUGACUCAGAUGUCGAGCAUAGACUCGCAUAUUUCAGAGAAGAUAUCGGUAUCAAUCUUCAUCAUUGGCAUUGGCAUUUGGUAUAUCCGACAGAAGGACCGCUUAAUAUCGUGAAUAAAGAUAGACGGGGUGAAUUAUUCUAUUACAUGCAUCAACAGAUUUUAGCUCGCUACAACAUUGAAAGGUUUUGCAAUGAUCUGGUGCGAGUCGGUCGAUUCAAUAGCUAUCGUGAUCCGAUUCCAGAAGGGUAUUUCCCGAAAUUGGACAGCAUCGUAGCCAGUCGUGUUUGGCCUCCUAGACAAGCUAAUGUUGCUUUACGAGACGUGUACCGUGAACUGGAUCAAAUGAUUUGUACUGUUGACGAUUUAGAACGUUGGAGAGACCGAAUUUACGAAGUUAUUCACCGUGGAGCUUACUACCGAGGAAACGAUUUGGUACCACUCAGCGAAAAUGAUGGAAUCGAUGUAGUUGGUAAUAUGGUCGAGUCUUCUAUCGUGAGCCCGAACAGAGUAUUGUACGGUAAUCUGCACAAUCAAGGCCAUAAUAUGAUUUCUUAUGUGCACGAUCCAGAUGGCAGAUUUUUGGAAUCUACCGGCGUUAUGUUUGAAAACACUACAGCUAUGAGAGAUCCGGUAUUUUACAGAUGGCAUAAUUCUAUUCAGGAUAUUUUCGAAGCGUAUAAGAAUACUUUAACCCCGUACACCACUCAACAACUGAGUUUUGAUGGCGUCACUGUUACUCAAGCUGAAAUUAUUGUAGAAGGUAGUAGAAACAAUACUCUGCAAACAUUUUGGCAACGAAGUCAGUUGGAUUUAUCCCGUGGACUCGAUUUCGUUCCAACUGGUCCAGUAUUUGCUACUUUUACGCAUUUACAGCAUAGUCCAUUUUCUUACAGGAUUACGGUACAAAACAGCGGUGCUCAGAGAGUAGGUACUGUAAGAAUAUUCUUAGGGCCCAAAAAUGAUGAACGAGGAUUACCUCUCCGUUUCCGUGAACAAAGAUGGCUAUUCAUAGAAAUGGAUCGUUUUACAACUACAUUGAGAGCUGGAUCCAAUACUAUUGAACGCAGAUCUAUCGAGUCAUCGGUAACCGCUCCAUUCGAGCAAACUUUCCGUUCUCUCGAUAACGCCCCUUUGACUGGCGAAGAAGCGCAGAACUUUAAUUAUUGCGGAUGCGGAUGGCCAGAUCACAUGUUAGUUCCCAGGGGUACGAGAGAUGGGUAUCCUUGCUCUCUUUUCGUUAUGAUUAGCAAUUAUCAAGAUGAUAGAGUUGAAAAUUCGUCAAUGGAUAACGGCGGCGGUGGUUGCGAUAACGCGGUUAGUUUCUGCGGUGUAAGAAAUAGUCGAUAUCCCGACCGCAGACCUAUGGGUUUCCCCUUCGAUCGAUUACCACGAGCUGGAGCACCGACUAUAAAUCAAUUCUUGACGCCGAAUAUGAGAGUACAAGAUGUUGUGAUAAGGUUUACUGAUAGAAUUGUGAAUGGACCAACUGUAACCAGUACUCAAGCCGGUACAGCUACUCAAGGUGGUACAAAUACGAAUACUCAAGGCACCCAGCAAACGAGACCGACUAGCAACACUGCUAACCAGCCUAAUAGGGGAACGCAGCAGCCUCAGAGGAGACCAUAAAGAUGUGGAAAAUGAAUCAUCUGUGAACAUUUUUUCGAUGUUAUCGUUGAAUUGUUAUGUACCUUAAUUAAUCGCACAAUGAAAUAUACAUUGUACUCAUAUACUUAUUAUUAAGAAAACACAUAAACACAUACCUAUACUUACCUCUACCUACCUUAUAAAAAUAAAAUUCAUUUAUGGCAA